AUGGACACCACUUCACAGCGAGGUGCCAGUACUUCUGUCGGCACGUCGCAAGAAGAUCGGGACCGGAACGUGUUGCGUCUCGCUCCCGAAAAGAAGGCAUGGCUGCCUCAAAAGUCAGUCAUGGAUCGCUUGUCGGCGACGACGAGUGUUCGUUAUCGAACACGGUUGUUUGAUUCGUCAAGGAUCCAUCACCUUGACCCCAGCGCGAAAAACUAUCGCGCUGAACAUGAAUUCUUCAUCGAUGCUUUCUUCAAACAUCGAUGGUACAGUGGGAAUCACAAGCGUGAUGGUCCCUCACUACUUCAAGCGUGGAACGCCUACAUCCAUAACCUCGAGGAUGUAGGUCGUGACGCUUGGAACGACAAACUUAUCAAAGCUCGUGAUAAGUUUGAAAAGCAAACCCCGACAGGUGCACGCUACAAGCUGCAUCGUCUGUCAAGGGAGAAAGGAUUACCCUGCCUCUCUUGGGGAGACUGGUGCCCAUGUUGUGUGAACAACUCUGCACUAGCACCUAAGGAGGCUUACCUCCUUACCAGCCCGUGGUGGCGCGUACGUAUCUCUACUGAGAUGUACGAAGGGAUUGACAACCUGAAAUCCCUUUACGACCGUGCCGGGAAGACUUUCUCCGGCGGUCCUUCUGCGGCACAGGAUGUGCCGCGUCGUACUGCUCAACCAGACCCAGUACGUCGAUCAUCAGUUGGGAGCGGGGCUCCCAAGAAUCCCAGGACGGGGGAUAGCCGCGCCAUCGGACGAGAUAACUCGUCCGACGUCCGUUCACGUCGCGGUGGUUCAACAGCUGCUCAACUAGAUAGCGCUGGCCACCGCGAGAGUCCUCUAAUGGAGGUGGAGGAGGAGGAAAGACGCUCUCCACACGAUCAUGAGGAUCCGUGUGUUCCCGAGAGCUUCUUUGAUCGCGUAACGCAAGGGUUACGCGACGAUCUCGAACAUGAGCGGAAUAGGCGUCUCCAAAUGGCGGACACUGCCUCGAAGCAUCGAGCUGAGUUUGCCUUUCCUCAGCUCGAGAACGAGAGAUCUCUGACAUCUCUUCGUGACGAGCUAAGGGUAGCUCUUGGGAUUGUUGAUCGGUCUCGGGAUGAGAUAGCUGCUCUUUAG